AUGACGCUGCCAGCGCUCGAUGUGCGUGCCUGCGCAAUAGCUGCAGGCGCUAAAGCACACGAAGCGGCCCCUAUUUUGAAAGCGUGUGCCGAAGGUAGCUGCCACGAUGUGCAUGCCGUUCUCGCCGCUGCGGCUGCGCUGUAUCUCGACACUGACGUGGCUAUUGCGAAUGCUAUUGUGAUAGCGUUCCGUCCCUGUCUCUUGGAGCUCAUGGCACGCGUAUUUGAGCGGGCGGAAGCGGUGCAUGCCAUGGCCCGCUAUGUAGGCGCCUUUGAAGAAGUAUACCCUAUGACGGAGGCGUUCCUUGCCCGCCACUUUGCUCACGGCCUACCUCACGACGAGGCUCACUUACUGGCUCGAUGGCGCUUGGUCCGUGCAGCGCCUACCGUAGCCCGGCAUUUGCACUGGCCUUCGUCCGAUUUGUACAAGCUUUUCGUGGCGCGGGAGCAUCCACCGAGUCUGCGACAGUUGGCCCUCGCGACGUACGUCUUGCAGGAACAGCUUGCUCCCGCUGCGCAAGAGGCCUUGGAGAAGGCAUGGAUCGAGCAGGACGCGUACGUACACGUAGAUGGCGAGCACGUCCUGCUCUCUACCCUGCCAUUGCACGAGCAAUCGCGCAUCGAAUCGCUCUGGUCCGCGUGCUUGCAGCCAUGGCCUGUCUCCCCCGCACCUUUGUGCUUGGACGCAUCGAUGCUAUCGCCCUCAUUAUGCAUGCUAGGGACCAUGGUGAUGCCUGCGUCACCUGUAUUGCCUACCACAGUGUUUGUCGAGACAACGAGCGCGCAACGCGCGAUGCGCGACGUGCUGUUGCACACGUCGCUUCGUCUGCCCGUGCUGGUAUCGGGGCCGGCCUCCAGUGGCAAGACGCAUUUACUUACGUACCUAGCUCAUCAGCUCUCCCAGGCACCCGCAGGUAUGCCGCCCUACCUUGUCAUCCCGCUUGGCGAUCAGUCAGGUGUGGACGCCAAAGCUCUUUUGGGCUCGUACGUGUCCAGCAGCACGCGUCCUGGCACGUUUGAGUACGUGGAAGGUGCCUUGACUCGCGCUGUACGCGCUGGUCUCUGGGUCAUUCUUGAAGACAUCGAUAAAGCCUCGAGCGAUGUAUUGAGUGUGUUGGCGCCGCUUGCAGAGGCCCUGGGGCCGACCAAGUCGGUCGGCGCCCGUCCUGUGCUGGAUCUAGGCGCGCGUGGGACCGUGGAAGCCGCGCCUGGAUUUACCUUGCUGGCCACGCGGACCACUCGUACCGGCGCGCCCAAGCCCUCGUUCCUCUCGAGCGAGCAUUGGGGCUAUGUCGCGCUGGCGCCUCCGACACGUGACGAUAUAAGUCGGAUCGUGCAAGGUCGGUAUCCUCGUCUUGCUCAGUGGCCGUCUCAGGAAUGGGCAUGCAUCUUGCAAGCGUGGGAAGCUGUGGUCCAAUGCACGGCAUCCACCUCCAGUGCUGUGCGUACGCCGUCCCUUCGUGAGCUCAUGCAGUGGUGUGCGCGUCUCGAUGCCCGUGCCGAGCCUGGUCUUCUACAUUCCCCUGUGGUCCAAGAUGCCGUGUUCCUGGAUGGAUGCGAUGUGUUCCUUGCCUCUCUACCUACGAUGGGCCCCGUUGGUCGUGCGAUGUUGCAUGCGCUUGCCGAUGCAUUGCAGGUGUCUGAGGAGCGUGCGACGUAUGCAUGGCACGAACGUGUCCCUGAUUUGGCCCUCGCACACGCUGGGCAAGUCCGCGUAGGCCGCAUUACCCUGGACCGCUUGGUGCCUGGCGCGCCAACAUUGCAGCGCUACGCUCUUACACGCCCUGCGCUUACCUGUAUGGAACGUGUGGCUGCGUGCAUUGCUCAUGCAGAGCCUGCCCUGCUGGUGGGUGAGACAGGUACAGGCAAGACCACGUUGGUCCAAAUGCUUGCUACAUUGGUGGGCCAGCCUCUCACUGUCGUCAACCUGAGCCAGCAGACGGAAAGUGGCGACUUGCUAGGGGCCUACAAGCCGCUUGAUCCUAAAAUGCAAGCUGCGGAUCUCCACAAUGCAUGGUCGCGCUUGUUCGAGCAGACGUUCUCUGUGAAGCGCAAUGCUGCGUACGUGGAGGCAGAGCGCAAGGCCUUCCUCCAGGGGAAGUGGGCGCGACUCGCGAAACUCUGGUCUGAAUCGUGCAAAAUGGCCCAGAACGAGCUGGCCCAAAGUACCUCCACCCGCAAAAAGCGGCGGACGGACGGCACCUUGGAGAGUGCGUGGGCCUCGUUGGCCGAGCGCAUCCAGUCGUUUGCCGCGCUCUUUGCCACGCGCAAGCGCCACUUUGCGUUCUCAUUUGUGGAGGGGCCAUUGGUCCGUGCCUUACGUGAGGGCCACUGGAUCUUGCUGGAUGAGAUCAAUUUGGCCUCGCCUGAGACACUGGACUGCCUUGCGCCGCUGCUGCAGUCGCGCGAGAGCAGUCUGGUGCUUACCGAGCGCGGGGAUCUCACCCCCAUUCCGCGCCAUCCGCAAUUCCGACUCUUUGCGUGCAUGAAUCCAGCGACAGAUGUGGGCAAACGCGACUUGGCGCCCUCCAUCCGCGCGCGCUUUACGGAGCUGUAUGUGCCCAGUCCUGAUUCAGAUAAGGAAGCGUUGAUGAGUAUUGUGUCUCAGUAUAUCGGCCAGGAAGCCGUGGGCGACAAAUCAGCGAUUCUCGACAUGGCAGAGUGGUAUACGGAUCUUCGCCGACUGGCCGCCCAGCAUGCCAUUGCAGACGGUGCAAAUCAGCGACCCCACUAUUCCAUUCGUACACUCGCGCGGGCGCUGACGUUUGCCGCGACGCUAGCGCCUACGUACGGCCUACGCCGCGCUCUGGCGGAAGGUGUCGAAAUGGCAUUCGGCAUGUUACUAGAUGCGUCCAGCACAGCUGUAUUCCAGCAACGCUUGCAAACGCAUCUACUGGCGCGCGCCAAGGACCGUCGUGUGGCACGUACGUUUGUGCCACCAUCGCCGGGCCCCUCGUACGUGUCGUUGGGUGCGUUUUGGCUGGAAACGGGGCCGUUGCCCUUGGACGAGGCCCCUUCGUAUGUCCUCACGCCAAGUGUGGAGGCCAAAGUGAGUGCGUUGGCCAGAGCACUGGUUACACGGCAGAGUCCCGUCCUUAUUCAAGGUCCGACGUCGGCGGGUAAGACAAGUGCCGUGGAAUACGUCGCACGACGUACGGGUCAUCGGUUUGUACGCAUCAACAAUCAUGAGCAUACCGACGUACAAGAGUACCUGGGCUCGUACGCCUCGAAUGCGGAAGGCCAAUUGGUGUACACAGAAGGCCUCCUUGUUACUGCGCUCCGACGAGGCGAUUGGCUCGUGCUGGAUGAGCUGAACUUGGCGCCGACCGAUGUACUUGAAGCGCUGAAUCGGUUGCUGGACGACAAUCGCGAGCUGUUGGUCCCUGAAACCGGCGAAGUCAUUCGACCCCAUCCUCACUUUAUGCUGUUUGCGACGCAAAAUCCUCCCGGCGCUUAUGCGGGUCGUAAAAUGCUCAGUCGCGCGUUCCGCAACCGCUUUGUGGAACUGCACUUUGACGAUGUGCCGCAAAACGAGCUAGCUACGAUCCUAACGCGUCGUUGUGAAAUUGCGCCGUCGUAUGCGGAGAAGAUCGUGCAGGUCUUUACAGAGCUGCAGCGACGUCGGCAGUCCGAGCGUGUGUUUGAUAAACAGGCGUUUGCGACGUUGCGUGAUCUUUUCCGAUGGGGUAUGCGUGGCGCUGUCGGCUACCAACAGCUUGCUGAGACGGGCUACAUGUUGCUGGCCGAACGCACGCGCCAUCCACGCGAUCGUGCUACCGUGCAAGCUGUGCUGCAGGAAGUGAUGCGUGUGCGCAUCGAUCCCACGACGCUGUAUGAUGCGAGCAAUGAGACACUCCAAGCGCAAGUCGGCGCAGAUCUGCUGCAGCGUCUUCGUCAUGCCGCGGCUACGCACAAGAUUGUGUGGACCUCAGCGAUGCAGCGAUUGGUCUGUCUUACGGCUGUGGCGCUCCAAGGAAAGGAGCCGGUGCUGCUUGUGGGUGAGACGGGUGCAGGCAAGACCUCGGUGUGUGACAUUCUGUCCACGGCGAUGGGGCGUCGCCUCCACUCGUUCAACUGCCACCAAAAUACCGACAGUGCCGACUUGCUGGGUGGGCAGCGGCCUUUGCGUGAUCGAGCCCAGCGGGCGGCGGCUGCGCGUAGUGCAGCGCAGGAGGUGCUAGGCGAGGCACUGCCCACGACGAUGACGCUGGAUGACGUGGCGGCACGACUGCAAGCGGUCAAGACGACACCGCCUAGGGAGGCAUGGACGUCCGCGUGGCAGCAAGUCCAGCAAGCCCAAGCGCUCUUCACCUGGUGCGAUGGGCCGCUGGUCGAAGCUAUGCGGCAGGGCGAGCACAUGCUCCUUGACGAGAUCUCGUUGGCGGACGAUAGCGUCUUGGAACGACUAAACUCAGUGCUGGAGAAAGAGCGCACAUUGGUUCUCGCAGAAAAGGCAGGUACCGAUGUCAUUGUCUCCGCCACGGACGGCUUCCAAGUCAUUGCGACGAUGAACCCGGGUGGCGACUACGGAAAGAAGGAGCUUAGUCCUGCGCUGCGCAAUCGAUUUACCGAGAUCUUUGUGCCGCCUGUGGAUGCACCGUCGGACCAAGCGGCGAUUGUCAAUGCGCUUCUGCCGUCCACCUUGCAUGUGUGGACCGAGCAGAUGCUGGCCUUUGUGCGCUGGUUCUCGCAGCAGCUGGGCGGGUACGAGCAUACGGGUCUGGGUGUGCGUGAUCUGAUGGGAUGGGCGCAAUUUAUGCACGAUGUAUGUGCACGGGAUGUGCUGCCUGCGCCUCUGGCGUUUGCGCAUGGCGCCUCGCUGACGAUCAUCGAUAGUCUCGGUGCCCUGCCUGCGACGGCCGCGAUGGUGGAUAGCAGCUUGCAGGCUUUGCGUGCCAAGUGUCAUGCGCAUGUGGCCUCCCAAAUUGCACCUACGCCCUGGGAUCCGACCGAUCCGUCGCUGCGGCACGUGCGCGAGACGUCUCACGCGCUGUGCAUUGGUCCCUUUUCGAUGCACUAUGGUCCUGUGGCGCGCACGACCCCGACCUUUUCCCUGGACGCGCCGACCACGGCGGACAACGCCUUACGUGUUCUGCGUGCCUGUGAGAUUCGCGCGCGAAGUGUCUUGCUGGAAGGCAGUCCCGGCGCUGGCAAGACCUCGCUGAUUGCGAGCCUCGCGGCGCUCACAGGGCAUGAGCUGGUGCGUAUCAACUUGUCGGAGCAGACCGAACUCGUCGAUCUUUUCGGCGCAGAGUUGCCUGUGGAGCAUGGACGUGCUGGUGAGUUUGCGUGGCGGCCCGCUGCGUUCCUCGAUGCUAUGCAGCGGGGUGCAUGGGUGCUGCUCGACGAAAUGAACCUCGCCUCGCAAACUGUACUGGAAGGCUUGAAUUCGUGCUUGGAUCACCGUGGCUCCGUAUACGUGGCUGAGAUUGGGCGUACGUUCACGAAACAUCCCGAGUUUCGAUUGUUUGCUGCACAGAAUCCACAGCAUCAGGGCGGGGCGCGGAAAGGCUUGCCGAAAUCGCUCUUGAACCGUUUUAUCAAAGUGUAUGUCGAGCCCCUGCAAGCCGCCGACAUCCGAGUUAUUUGCGGGCAGCUGUACCCGGCGAUGGCGCCGCAUCUCGAUGCACUCGUGCGCUUCAACGAUGCCCUGCACACGGCCACACAAGCCCAAGAACUCGGUCGGCAUGGUGCGCCAUGGGAAUUUAAUUUGCGUGAUUUGCUGCGUUGGCUGCAGCUCAUGCACGCGUCGUUGGGCACACCGACAGACGAUCCUGUGGCGACGCUUUCGUGCUUGUAUCUGGCGCGGUUCCGGACACCAAAGGACCGCGCUUAUGCUGCGUCGCUCUUUGCCUCGUGCUUCGGCCGUGAGCCGACUCGCGCGACUCGUACUCCGAGCGUCCUGCUAUCGCCCUCGACAGCCUUGGCUGGCGCUGUGCUGUUGCCACGCACGGGCUUGCGAUUGCCCCGCGGGUACACACUCGUCCCCUCGCAGCAGGCAUGCCUCGAAGGCAUGGCAGCGAGUGUGCGAUUGGGCCUGCUGACGAUCUUGGUGGGUCAUGCAGGGACAGGCAAAUCGUCGCUGGUGCAUACCAUGGCGGCGAUGAUGAGUCGUCGGCUGGAAGAGGUACGCCUCAGUGCGGCUAGCGAUACGAUGGAUGUGUUGGGCUCGUUUGAGCAGCGUGAUCCAUCGCACCAGAAGAAGGACGUGCUUCGUCAAGUGGAUGCGUUCCUGGACCAGCUUCAACUCGCGGCUCUGACGCCCACAUCGUCGUAUGCGGCCGACGCUGCGUCUCUCUUGGACACACUGGCAGCCUGCCGCACAGCCAUGCAUGACCAGCCCGAGGUACUGCAGACCCUUGUACCGUACUUGGCCGAUGCCGAGGCACAUACCCUGUCUGCGCUUCUUGCGCAGCUUCACGACGCAUCGCAAGGCGCCGCUGCCGGCCAGUUUGAGUGGGUCGACGGACCUCUGUUGCGUGCGGCCAAGCAGGGCCACUGGCUCCUAUUGGACAAUGCCAAUCUGUGUGCCGCCUCCGUGCUAGAUCGACUAAACUCCCUGUUCGAGCCCAACGGAUCCUUAGUCCUGAGUGAGCGUGGUAUGGUCGACGAGGGCCGCGUGCCACAUAUUGUGCCGCACCCUGCGUUCCGUGUGUUUAUGACCGUCGACCCACGCUAUGGCGAGCUGAGUCGGGCCAUGCGCAAUCGCGGUAUGGAAUUGUGGCUGGAAUCCGUGGAGAUCGAGCACGUUGCGCCUCUGGCACGUACCAUGCCUCAGGCGGCAGGCACGUUGUUGGAGCGUGCUGUGACCUCGCACGCGUCGCGCCGUGGGUGGAUGGAGCAGCCCAUGUCGUCCAUGAUCACACCGUGUGUCCAAGCAGCGCUCGCCCAGCCUAUUCUGGCAGCGCCAGCGCUACGUAUCACUGCCUUGUUGGCGUCCUGCUGGACCGAGCCGUCACUGCGCGAGGCUGUAGCGAUAUACGCCAAGCAGGCGCUCUGGCCCUGCGAACGUGCCUUGGUCGCUGCUACUCUGUCUCUUGAUACGACAGCCUCGUCCCCCCCACGCUUGCUGGCCUCAGACUCGGAUGUGCAGGAGGUAUGCCCGAACGAUCCGCGUCGGAUUGAUGCGUUGGCGCACUUGCACGAUACGUUGCAUGCCUCGCAGUUGGCUUGGCAGGUGCGUAUCGAGCAGAUGCAAAAGCGGAUCGCCGAUGUGGGCGAGGAUACACUCUAUGCACGCGCCCGUACGGACCGUGCUCUGCCACCGAUGCUCCGUGGCAUUCCGAACCUCCUUCCCUCGGCCUUAGCCUGGCUCGCGACCUUGCCGCCCAUGGACGCGACGAUCUCUGUGAUUGAUCGGUGCUUGGAUACCCUGUCCAUGGUAUGGGAAGCGUGCUUGUCGACGGAGGCGGACUACUCGCUUCUCCACUUCUUGCUGCGUACGCUGCGUGCACUAUGGCUCGAGUUGCAGGCAACGACGUCCCUGCCCUCGGCAUUGCUUUCGACGUUGCGGCCCAUGUACACGCCUUCCUCACGCCAGAGUGGAGCGGCCAUGGCCAGUGUGUGGCACAGAGCCCUUCCUGCUAUUCCGGCCGAGGCGCAGACACUGCUGGCACAGCUUGCGCAUCAUUUAGAUCGACUUAUGCCACCUACCCAUGCCCGCACAGCGCUGGAAGUGCUUACAACAUUGCAUGUGUGGUCCUCGUCCUGGACAGAUGCGCAUGCGCAGGAGCUUACGCAGGUGGUCCAUGCCAUGAUGGCCCUGGAAGCGGCGCCAACGCAACCCGCGUGGCCGUACGUGCGCCGUGUAUUGCCUGUUCUGCAAUGGUACCUGCUGGCAGAAGAGCCGUCACAAGCCCCUGUGGCGCCGCUGGAGCCACGUCUCGGUGCCGUGCUACGCGCCAUGACAGAGCACCAAGUCGUGCCAGUACUGUGGCUGGUCGCUGCGCAGUGGCGCGCAUGGGCACCAAGGAAAGCGUGCCCAGUGUGGAUGAGCUUGCAGCCGGCGCAUGCACUGUGGUAUAUCGAUGGCGCUUUCCAAGUGGAGGCGCUAGGCGCUCAGACGCUGACGCAAGCGGUCCUUGCGCCGAAUGUCUUGGAGGCCGUGCAAGAAGAGCGUAUUGGCCUAGCAUCCUGGCCCUCCUACGAAUCGCAUUUGCCUCUGGUACCGGCCCAGCCCUCGCGUGUCUCGCACCUUCGCACGCUACUUGGCGCCUUCGCUUUGGAUAUGACGCAGGCGCUGCAUCAUGCCUUGUCGCAAUUGGCCUGGCCAGAAGGGCAAGGUGUGAUGCAGGCCCUGGGCUCGGCGCUGCAUACGUCCGAGCCUCAAAUGUACGUUGAUGCGCUGGCGGCCGUGCAAGCGAAGCUGGAGCAAGAUACGGCCUUGCACAGUGCACUUCAAGCUUGGCUGACGUGGCUUCGCGAGGCGCAUGCCUGCCUUACUAGCACAGCCACACCUGCACAACUGGCUCACGCCUGGGUACACUUGGCUCUGUACACGCUGCAUGUCUAUGUCCCUGAUAUGCCCUUGGACCCUGUAGCGGAAGUACAUGCUCAGCAUGCAUGGUACGCACACACGCAAUCGCAGCUGGAUGCGCGUCUGCAAGUGGAGGGAGCUGUCGCACAGAUGCGGACGGGCGGUGCAUCGCAUGCCGUGCUGGAUGAGCUUCGGACAGCCAUGGCACACGUGGCCACGCAGCAAGCAAAUGCGACGGCGGCGCCUGUUCACCGUGCUUCGGAUCCCGUGUUACUUGCGCGAUGGCACACGGAAGUAACAGGCUUGUUAACGGACACACUGUCCACUGCCAAACUGGAUAGGCUGCUUACGCGCCUUGCUUCGCCAACAGAGACGGCGCUGGCUGAAGAAACUUCUCUGCAGGCGUCAGUCUACGCGUUUGAGCAGCGUUUGCGACGACAGUAUGCCAGCAUGAGCGAUUUGACGGCGCCUGUGCAUACGGCUCUGGAGCAGCUUCGCUUGGGUCUGCGUCUUGCGGUGCCGUCUAAGCAUGUAUCCCCACGGAUCGCUCAUUGGCUCAGCUCGACCAUGCAGACACCUACGUCGGCUGCCGCUCAUGCCAUUGCUGUCCAUGCUACCGACGCACGUGCAAAGUCAACUGCGCUUGCGGAGCUGUUGGCCGCUUUGGCCAGUGCCGCCUACGAUGCGCAUAUCACGCAAACGCCACCUUCGCCAUCGACCAUUGCUACGCUCUAUGAACAGCUCUAUGUAUUAUGGACCGCUCAUCGUGAAGCGGAGCGUGAAAAGGUGGAGGCGGAAGCACGUGUCUUUACAUUCAAAGGCGAGGAUGCCAGCGAAGAACAAGCACGUUUGGCCGCAGAAAUGCAAGCCAUGUUCCCUGUCUAUGACGACGUGCUGGAGACGACGACAACAGCGACGACAACGACACGCACAUCGCCCAACAAAGCGCCUACCAUCAAUGCACAGGUGUUGACCAGCAUUCACGAUCUGCACACAUGUUUAUUCCCCAGUACUAUGCCCUGGACAACCAAGCGAGUGAUGGCAGACGCGCCUUCCAUGUUCGUGCAGCACACAGACACACUCAUGCGUCUGUACUCGACGUACGCUGCGCACAUGCCAGCGGAUCUCGACAAGGGAAGUGCAUACCAGCUGGCACGGAUCGCUCGCCGACUAGCGCCGCCGGCUGAGGCACGGAACUUUUAUCACGAUGCCCAGCCUGCGGAAUUGGCAAAGAUGGGCCCCCUAUUGGACGCACUGCAAUCACACGUUACUACGCUGCUGGGGCAGAUGCCUGAGCAGGUCCAGCUGCAGCAGCUUCAGGAACGAUGUGAGCGUGUCCAGCAACUCGAUAUGGCAAGCCCCAUUGCCAAAGGUCUAGCCGCGAUUGAACUCUUACUCACACACGUGGACGAUUGGGAGACCUACGCUAGCAGCGCUACGUCGCUGCGUACGCAUGCUACUGCUCUGACGAACCUUGUGAUUGAGUGGCGUCGACUUGAGCUUCACAGCUGGGCGUCGCUGCUCGAUAACGAGGCGGCCUGCGAAGAGGAAGGCGUCUCGCCGUGGUUCUUCUCAUUGUACGAGGCCCUUACGCGUGCGUCAGAUUCGACGACGAUCUCGGACUUGGUAUCGCUACUCGAUACCUACGUCCGAGGUAGUACUGUCGGCCAACUAGCGGCGCGAUUGCGUUUGCUGGAUACGCUCAGUGUCUUUAUACAGCCGCAAGGGGAUAUAAGCCGUGUGCUUCAUCACAUUGCCGCCUACUACGCCCAAUUCCUACCAGCCGUGGAGGCACAUCUUCAGCAGCAGCGCAGCUUGCUGGAACGCCAAAUCCAGGACUACGUACGCUUGGCGUCAUGGAAAGAUGUGAAUGUGUAUGCUCUUAAGCAGAGUGCUCAGAAAACGCACCAGUAUCUGCACAAGUCGCUGCGAAAGUGGCGUGAAAUGCUGCGUGCGCCAGCUGACCCCUUACUCGCGCUCAAAGCGGAUGCACGUCCGAAUGUUCUCGUACGUGCAAUGAUGGGCCCUGUCUCGGCAUCUUGGCGUCCUGUUACAGCCAGUCUACCUGUGCUUGUAGCACGACCCGUACGCAACGAUACCGCCUUGCAUUUCCAGGAUGUGCGUAAAACGCUUCGUCAUGUGCACACGUUGUGUGAAUCGCAUAUUAUGCCACAGAUGGAUACAGAGCAUUGGUCCGACGUAUCGGACCUGGCAACUACCAUCCUGGAGACUGCCGAUGAACUGGCACAACAGACGCCUGCUCUGGCGAAUGAAGGCAAUGCAAAGAAGCUUAAGAGCUUGGCGACACAGAAACGCCGCGCAUGGUCCGAUCUGCUCAAAGAACUUCGUCGGUGGGGAUUGUCACCCUUCCUUAGCGCUGAAGUGCUCGCGCAGAACCGUGAUCCCGUUUGGAUUUAUGGUGCGCCAAUGAUCAAGCGUGAAGAAACGCUCGGUACAGACGCUAUGGAUCAGUACCAUGCAGCGAUGCUGGCCCAAGUAGAGCGCCUUCGAUUGGCGGCGCAGGCGCCGCAAGGCGAUGUGCCGGACCUAGCGAGGGGUGUUGCCUUUGUGGAACAUGCACUGCAUUGGGCCCUUGUGACGCGCCGUCGAUGGGCACCGAUGUAUGAAAGCGUGCAAGCGCUGGGUCAGAUGGUGCAGCGACUCUGCACACUGACUGGCCCCUUGUACUGCCUCUCGUCGCACGAUGUGCAGGGUGUGCAAGUUCGCAUCAAUCACAUGGCACGUACGAUAGAUGCCUUGCAAGAGGCCAUGGCGACCAUGACCACCCAGGCACAGAUGUGGUCGACGAACACACCUACUCUACAAGACUGGCCACCGCUGCUGGAGCGUCUACGUGCCUCUCGUGCAGCGCUCCAAGGUCUACUAGAGACGUGGAAUGCGACGCACAUGUGGCUUGCUACCGAGGCAGACCAUGCCAUGUUGCAAGAAAGUACUGCAGCGCUACAAGCGACAUUGCAAGUACUCCGUGCUACAGCGCAUGCGGCCCCGUCCAUGCAGCUUAUUACAAUCCCCAUUUGCGCAUGGCUCGAACCUGGCUGUGAAGCGAUGGUUUGGUCAGCAACAAGGGCCGAGGGAGAUAUUCAAUCACACACAGACCAAGUGUGUUCGUCGGUGCUGGUCAUUUUGCAGGAUAUGAAGGCAUUGCCGCCACAGGCGCCUCGAGGAGAGGUUGUACCCGACCAAUUUGUCCCUGAUGAAAUGUCGCGCUUACAAACCAUCCACCGUAUCUUGAAGCCACAAAAAGUGGUGGAGGCACUCCGCGCUUGUGUGGCCGAUGCAGGCUCUGAUACAACAUCAACGCAAUGCAUGGCUACGUUAGCGCAGUUCCUCAAGCCCUACCUGGACCUUGCUGUGGCGCAUACUAUGUCCAUGUCACGCUGGUACCGUGCUUGGAUGCGACUGUGUCUGGUCUUGAGCGUGAUUAUGACGACAUUGGCUACCAAAGGCUUCUGCCAGCCACCAGAAGAGGAUGAUGCAGACGAUGACGCGGAAGGCGAUGGGGGUGAGCAGUUAGAAGGCGGUACAGGUCUCGGCGACGGGUCUGGCGCAAAAGAUGUGUCUGACACGCUACAAGACGACGAAAUGAUGGAGGAAUUGCAGAACGAAGAGCAAGACCAAGAUCAGGGCGAGAAGGAGACACAAGGCGAGGACAAAGCACGUGAGAUGGAUGAUAUGGAUGGCGAUGUACACAGUGUAGAUGGCGAGCGUGAAGAAGAACAAGGCGACGAUGACGAGGAGAAGGAAGAGCAAGAGCCCCAAGAUGAAGUGGGCGAUGUUGAUCCGCUUGACCCAGAUGCUGUGGACGAGAAGAUGUGGGCGAAUGAGCCAGAAACCGAACAGCAGGGCGAAUCGGAGGCCGCGGGUGGUGCACAAGAGGAUCGCGAGCAGGCUGGUGAUCGAUCUGAGCAACCUGAUGAGGCUGGCAAUGAGCAAGAAGGAGACGAACAGCAAGGUGAUCAGGAAAGUGGCGAAACCAAUGAAGAAGAGGCGGAGCCUGAAUUGGAGGACGUACCUGAUAAGACAGACGGUCUGGGCCGGGAUCUGGAUCAGGAAGCGCAAGAAGAAGACAUGCAGCUUGGUGACGAUCUCGAUAUCCAAUCGGGGGACGAAAAAGAAGAGGGCGAUGACGAGAUGGACUUGUCGUCCGACGGCGAGCACCAAAACGAACUAGAUGACGGUGCUUCUGACUCAAUGGACGAGCGUGAGCACGACGAUACCCCGAUCACGGCUGAGCCGGAUAAAACCACUACCGAGGAUGCAGGUGAUGCAGACGCCGACGUCGAUGCUGAGGAUGAAGAGCAAGAUCGUGCAGAGGACACCGAGAAGGCGGAGGGUGAAGAUGACCCUGUGGAUGACGACAAAGAGAAGGAGAAUCAAGCGGAAGCUGAGCCGGAAAACGAGGAAGCUUCUCAACCAGCGGGCACACGUCCUGAAUCCAUGGAGAAGAAACCACUGUCUCAGCCUAGCGAGCAGCAUCGCCUCAUGCCGUCGACUGAUACGACGAUGGAGGAUGAUACAACGACACAUGAAGGCGGUGGUGAGGAUACCGGCGGUGCAGCGGGUGAGCAAGAGCAGGCAAGUGGCGAGGCCGACAAGAUGGAUGGCUCGUCCACCGCGCAAGCUAGUGGUGCACCGCAAGACGGUGAUGCCGCAGGGGCAGAGAACGAUGCAGAGAAUGCGGAAGCGCGGCCAAACCCUGUUCAAAGCCUGGGCGACUCAUUAGAGCAGUUCCGCCGUGAUGUGGAGCAGAUUCGUGAGGCCACACAGCACGAAGGGGAGCAGCACCAAGAGGAGGACGGCGUCCCUGAAGCUGGCGACGUCGAGCAUAUUGCGCAGGAUGAACAGGCUGAAGCACAAGCCCUUGGAGUGGCCGAUGAGCAACAAGCGCAAGCGAUGAAGAGUUUGUCCAUGGAAGAUACAGAGGCGCAAGAGACGGCCGUUCCUAUGGACGAAGAAUCAGACAUGGCGCCACCAGAACCAAGUGCGGAGCCUACUGAGGAUAAGCAGCCUCCUGAAGGAGCCGGUCAGCCAUCGCACGGCGCACAAGAAGGUGCACUGAGCGCUUCGGAUGUGCGACGCAAUAUGGCCGAUCAUACGGAGGAAGGUACUAUGCCGGCCACCGAUGAAGAGCACAUGGAGCCCAUGGAUGACGAGGCGAGGGAAGAGGCCGAGUCGCAAACGGUCGAAGCAUUGGCAGCCUUCCGAGCAUCCGAGAUGGAUAUCGACAAGGCGGCCGAAUUGUGGCGAUCCUAUGUCGGGCUGACAACUGACUUGGCUUUUGGUCUGUGCGAACAACUGCGGUUGAUCCUGGCCCCAUCGCUCGCGACACGCCUAAACGGAGACUACCGUACAGGCAAGCGCCUGAACAUGCGCAAAAUUAUUCCUUUCAUUGCCUCCGACUUUGCAAAGGACAAGAUCUGGCUGCGACGAACAAAGCCAUCGUCGCGCGAGUACCAGGUGCUCUUGGCCAUUGAUGAUAGUAAGAGUAUGGCGGAUAGCCGCAACAUUCAUCUGGCAUACGAGACUCUGGCUUUGGUGGCAGGUGCGCUUACACGCCUUGAAGUGGGCGAUAUAGGCAUUUGCCGCUUUGGAAGUCGAAUGGAUAUGCUCCACGACUUCGGAACGACGUCGUUCAGCGACAGGCACGGUGGCCAUAUUCUCAGCCAGCUCCAGUUCCAGCAAACGAACACGGAUAUGUAUGCGCUACUGCAACAGAGCAUGUCAGUGCUACAAGAAGCACGCCAGCGUGCGUCUGCCUCGGCCGCUGAUCUGUGGCAGCUGGAGAUCAUUAUCUCUGACGGUGUAUGCCAAGACCAUGAGCGUCUUAAAGCCCUUUUGCGCCGUGCCACGGAAGAGCGUAUCAUGCUUGUAUUUGUGGUCGUCGAUGCUGGCGCCGGUGCAGAAAACAAGGAAUUACAGCCUGGCGAAGCUCCUCGCAGCUCUAUCCUCUCUAUGAAUCAAGUCAACUACCAUACGGAUGCCGCUGGUAAACUUCAAUUGGAGAUGAAGCGGUACAUUGAUACCUUCCCCUUCGACUAUUAUGUCAUUGUACGCGAUGUUCAAUCGCUUCCGCAUGUCCUCGCUACGACAUUACGUCAGUGGGCCGAGCGAAUUCGUGAUGCAUAA